GCGUCGACCAACUUCCACUGUCUAUCGGCAGACACAAGCCCGGAUGCACAUUCGAUACUAUAGGUGCGAGCUCACGAACCACCAAACAAAUAUUGUCACCUCAGCUCUCAUAUUUCUCAAACUCACUUUCUAUUUCCUUAUAUGUUGUCUUAAGCGCAAGACAACGAUCAACAUGUCCAGCACCACGGAAGCAGAUCAAGAUGAACAAAUUGACUCGGAGCCUGAGAAGCAAGAUAACUCGGAUGACAAGUUGCCCAAGUAUUUAAAAUGUAGUUAUCUUGAUGCCGUUGUCGGCAAAGAGAUACACAACUACUGGGGGAAUCGAGUCUUGGAGCAUACCAACUCCCAUGGCGAAGUGCUCGCGCUCAAAGUCAGCAACCCAGAUGGCAUAGACCGCGCUCAAGCCGACAUGAUGCAUUAUGCCGCCACGCAUGGCGUAUUAGCACCCAAGGUCCGUGGGGUCUAUGAUAUUGUCACCAGGCGGCCUAUUGCGCGUGUUAUGAUUAGCGAGCGUGUUCCUGGAGUGCCCCUUGUCGACAUAUGGCAGAACAUAUCUGAAGCUGAACAGGCCUCCAUCAAGGACCAGCUUCGCGCUCAAGUAAAAAAAAUGCGUACCUUGACGCAGCCUUACAUAGGCCGUAUCGACAAACAACCUACCCGCAACAUAUAUAACACCACAUUUGUCAGGCACUGUGGGCCCUUUGAAGACGAGGAGUCUUUUGAUGAAUGGUGUUUGGCGAGACUGUCAGGUGGAAGCCUUCAACGCUGGAAAUGGAAGAGGGUUCUGGAGAAGCAACGACGUAAAUCAACUGGACGCUUCGUUCUUACUCAUGGCGACCUAUCACCGCGCAAUAUCAUGGUUGAUGGAAGUACCAUCACAGGGAUAAUCGACUGGGAGUUGAGCGGGUUUUAUCCAGAGUAUGUGGAAUAUGCGGUAGCCAUAGGUCUUGGCCCAGGGAUAGAAGAAUGGUGGGUUCCCGUGUUGAAAGAAGUACUGGAACCGUGCUCAGCAGACCUAAUAAAGUUUACGGAGCUGAUAGAAGAGAGAAUGGGGUCUUACUAGCUUAUAUAAACCAAGGAACAGUUGCUAUAUUAUGGAUAAGCACGAAAUUCUUAUACCACUGCCAGUUCCACCUUAUUCAUUUGGUUUCUGAGCCCAGACAACCUUCUGCUG